AUGGAAACUUAAAUCACAUUAAAGAUAAAAACACUAGAUAAUCAAAUCACUUCUUUUUCCAUUGAUCCAAACAACACUGUUUAAUAAUUGAAAAAUGUAAUUUAAAAUAAACUAAACAUACCUUUUGAUAAGUAAAGACUGAUUUACCAAGGGAGAGUUUUAGAGAACAAUAAAACUUUAUAAGAUUAUAAAGUAAUUAGUAAAUGAAUCGACAUAGUUAUAAAAUGAUCAUGUAGUUUUAUUGCCAGGAUAGCCGAUAUAGGAGGAUCAAAUAAUCUAGAAUUAAACUCAAUAAUCAUAAUAAUAAUAAUAGUAGUAGUAAUAAGCAUAAGGUGUAAAUGAAUUCCUUGAAAUGGAUAUCUUGAGCAACAUUCUGAGAACACUAAGUAAAAGAAACUUUGUAUUUUAGGGCAGCAUUAAUAUAAUAGAUAAAAUGUAAGAAGAAUGGUACAGUAAUAGAGGAGCAAUGGUAAGAACUUCAAAGAUUUCCAUUAGGUUUCAAUGUUGACAAAUAAGUAUCAUUGGAGGGCAUAAGAUAAAAUUACCAAACCAUCAAGUAGUUAUUAGAUUCCUAGGUCAAACCUGAAGAAUUAAAGCAAGAAGAUAUUUAAGGUAUAUAAAUUAAAUUAGACAUCUAGGUGAAUAUGUGAACCCAUUUGAUCCAAAGAAACGGACCUUCUAAGUUGGAUAGUGGAUUGACGUGAAGGAUACGAUUGAUCAGUGGGUAUUUAUGUUGUUUUUAAUAUUUCUAUUUUAGCUUGAAGCAUAAGUAUAAAUAGUUGAAUAAAAUAGAAUUUUUAUUCAUUAUAAUGGGUGGGGUAACAGAUGGGAUGAAUGGCUCGACAUACAAUCUCCUCGAAUUGCUACUUUUCGAACUUAUACUGUAGGUAGUGCUAAUCAAGACUUCUUAUCUCCACAUCCAGUUAGUGAUCCUGAUUGUGAUGUAGAAAAGUAAGAAAUUGAUAUGCAUAAAUUCAUUUUUGAUGUAGGACAUAUGAUGAAUUAAGUUACUUAAUUGCUAAUAGAAUUUGGAAGAUUCGAAAAUAACAAAAGAAUUGCUGAGAAAUAGAUUUAAUUACAAUAACAAUACUAAUAAAUGUUAAUGAAUAAAAAUAAGGAAAUUAAUCCUGAGGAAAAUCAAUUUGAAAUGAGAAAGAAGGAAAAAGAAUUAAAUGAAUACGAAAUUAAAUCAAGUUUAAUUGGUUCUUAAUUGGCCCCUAUAUUUGAUAGGAUGGGUCGAAUGAUGACAGAUUUGGCUCCUCAUUUAGCUUUGAUGGGAUCUAAAACACAAAGAGUCAAUAAUAAUAAUUAAUAAUAAUUGCUAUUUUAGGUUCCUGUGACAUUAACACCAAAUGAAAUUUACUAGUCAUAAUAAAAUGCUCCCACUCUUCACAGUCGUCUAGAAAUUAUUAACAAUAGACUCGCUAUACUAAGAAUGACUGAGUUCAUUCAAUAGGAAGAUAGUGAUGAUGAUCAUUUUACUAUCUGA